CAUCAUUCCACUCACCUUCUUCACCUUCCCAUCCCGAGGCAUAGCCCUUCCAGUAUAACAUUCUCUUCAUCCUCACCUCUUCCCUCCUCACUCUAUUUUUACCUCUCUCUCCCUCUUUCUCUUUCACACACACAUACACUAAACACUUAUAUAAGAGUUUCUCCUCUUAUAGGGAGUAUGCUCUUUGAAACAAGAGUUCUAGUUCAUAUAGAUCACCAAUCAAGAUUGGUGAUAAUUCUUUCUUUCAUUUUCUUCAAUCUCUUUGAAACCCUAAUUCUGCUUUUCAUUUAGACUGUGUAUAUGCAUAUGUACACUAUUCUAGCUUUUGUUUACCUCUGCUACUAUUUUAGUUUGGAUCAAUAAUCUUAUAGGAUAAAGCUUAACAAGUACUAGGUUUACCCUAUGAUCUCUUCUUCUUCUUCUUCUUCUUUAUGUUUAAUUGAAUUGGAGUUCAAGCUCGUAAUCUUAUAGUUUCGGAGUCAAUUUCAAUACCUAUAAAUUUCUUUAAUUCCUACUGUUUUUCUUUUGUUCUGUAAAACUUUGCGACAUGAAUUGCUUUAUUGUUUUAUAAAAAUGUGAUACUUAGAUCCCACCUUAUAUAAUUGAGUUAUAUAUAUAUAUAUAUAUAGUCUUUCUUUGACGAUUGAUGUUGAUAUUCUUGAUCACCCACCCUUUUCUCCAUUGGAUAAAUAUAGAUCAUGAAGCAUAUGCAUAUAAUUGCUUAUAAAAGUGUUGAUACUAUUACUAAUUGACUCAGUUCAUGGACUACAAAAUAAUGAUUUGGAAAUCUCUCAUCCCCACUUGACGAUAACCACCAACAAGACGGCCACCACCUCCACCUCUUACUCCACUAACUAACCAUUUCUUUUCCCUACCUAAAGAGAUACAAUAGAGAAAAAGAAAAUGAUCACAUAUUAUUAUUGUCUUUUAAUGAUAAUAUAUAUAUGCAAAAACAUGGGACCGUAUCUAGUAUUCUUUAUUCAAGUACACUUUUUCCGUUUUGGUUGGUAACUAAGUCAGAAAGAAAUAAGUGCUUGUGGUACCAUUCCAUGCCAGCAAUUUUUUUUUUUUAAAGCUUAAAGUCCAGUUUCAGUAACACAUAGUUCGUGGUAUGUCUCUUUCUGGUUCCAUUAAGAGUGGUCUCUCUCUCUCUCUCUCUCUCUCUCUCUCUCUUUUCACUAUUAUAGAUAGCUCUGGUAUCUUUUCUUCUCUUUCUUUCUUUUUGUUGUUGCAGAAGAAGAGAAUCUUGCUCGAUGAUGGGGAGGCAAAGAAAGAAAGAAAGCAAGAAAGAAAGCGAUGUUGGUGAGGUUCAAUCUGAAGACGGAUUUACAUAAUAAGAAUUGUAAAAGACGAUCUCAGAUUGAGCCGCGCCAAUAUCACUUUCUCAUACGUCUAUCAAUUAUUGCUUUCCCUUUCAACUCCUCAUCACCUUUUCUUCUUUCUAUUUUUCUUGUUGCAUGGUGGAUUGGAAACUCUCGAAUGAUAGGCAUGUGCAUUUGAUCUUCCUUUCUUUAUCUCUUUUUACACUGCAACUAUUAUUUCUUUUUUUUUUACCUAUAUAUCAUAUAGCAGAAAAUGCAUGUAACUGAUUUAUAUUAACCGUAUUAUAGUUGGUUUUACAACUGUGAGGGUCGCAAGUGCAAAUCAAUCAAAUCCUAAUUAACCAAAAUGGAAGGUAUAAAUGACUUUUUUUUCUGGGUCCAUUGCCAGCAAUGUUCUAUAAGGACAGAAGAGGUAGAGCUUUCAAUGACGGCGACGGUUGGGGAACUGAAGCAGGCGGUGGAAGAAUUCUUUAGUUGUUCGCCGGAGGAUGAUAUGUAUAUCAACAUUUCAUGGUCGCACGUGUGGAGUCAUUUUUGUUUAUGUUAUAAGGAUGAGAAGUUAAUUGAUGACAAGGCAUAUAUCCGAUCUUAUGGCAUCAAGAAUGGCCAUCAUGUGAGUUCUAUGUACUUUUAUUAUAAGUUUUUAUAUGCAUUACAAGGAUCGUAGUUGCAAGACAACGAUAUGGAAUUUGAACAUAUGGUUUAUAUGAAUUUGAGUUUUCUGAUCUUA